AUGUUGGAGUCAACGCUCGCCGCCAUUAUCAUCUUCCUGGUGUCAUCGUCGGGAGCGGCGUUCAACGCGCUCGCCAUGCUCACCGUGCUGCGCUCGCCGCAUUUGAUGAACGCGUUCGGCGCGCUCUGCUUCAGUCACACCAUCGCCAACUUCGGCACCCUGCUCGUCUUUAUCGUUUGGGUGUUUCCGGCGACAUUAUGGCAAUUCGACAACACCGCAACGCUAUUCGGCAGAAUCCUCGGACAACUUCAAAUGCUUUUUUGGAACGCGUGCUGCUAUUCGCAUUUGGCGAUCUCAUUCAAUCGAGUCAUCUCGAUUGCGAUGCCGACCAAGGCUCCCCAGCUGUUCGCCUUCCGGCCGACCGCCCUCGUGAUCGGCUUUAUCUGGACAAUAGCUAUCGCUCACAUCACACCAUAUUUCUGGUACACCACCUGCUUCGCCGCGUACAGCCCAGAGACCUGGACGUGGAUGUGGGGUAACACACUAUGCGGCUACGUCAUCACAAUCUACACCGAUUAUUACACGAGUGUGGCGAUAUUUGCGAUGAUGAGCAGUGUGGAUCUCAUCACGCUGACGCUGCUUAUCGCUUAUCAUAAGCGCGCCGCGUCGAGCUCGACGGCUUCCAAGAGCCAUCGCAAAAUGGAGAUUCGGUUUUUCAUGCAGUCCAGCCUUCAAGGGCUCAUAUUCUUCUAUGAGGUGUUCAAUUUCUACUAUGUCACCACCCUUCACACGAAUCGAUGGUUCAUCUUCUUCACGUCGACGUUCGCCUGGAUGCUUUGCCAUUGUUUAGACGGCCUAGUUGUUGUCAUAUUUCAUUUUCGACGGCGAACUAUUCGACGAGAAUCGAAAAUCGCAUCGGUGGCAACUAUUACUAUCAAAAGUCGAAUUGAAUGA